AUGACCAUUACCCUCGCCUGGGUGACGACCGUUCCCGGAAGUUUCUGGAACUGGUUGGACGCGCUCCGUGCAUGUUCUUCUGGAUCUUCGUUGGUGCACAUCACGUCCUGGCUGGGUCGCUUCAUACCGCUCCUUGAGUCUCCCCGUCCUCUGGGAUUCUGUUGGGCGUGCCACUUGGACAUUCGGCAAAGCAGGCGGGAUGCGGAGCCCUCCGUCGAUGCCUCCAAGAUGAUCUUUAGCGGGCCAAACACUCCAGUGAAGGGAGCAGAUCUGGGAAUCUACGGUGGUGGAAUGGGUCCAAACUACAGCUCUGUGCACUUGACGAUUCCCGAAGGUUGCCAAAUUGAUCAACGGACAGAUUUCGAGGGCACGAGUCCAAGGAACCGGCAGCUGCACUGCAAGUAA